ACCCGAAAAAAGGGAAAAUACAAAGGAAGAACCCAAAUAACACUCCAGGUGAUGCGCACAUCAGUUUUUCAAUGCUCACACGCGGUGCACAUUAGCUCCAGCCAAUCAAAACCCAUCUCCGGCGAGACUGACCCUUCCUCGUCAAACCAUCAUGGCCACGUGGAAAGCCUCCUCCUCCUCCUCCCCAGCAGCCUCUCCUUCCCGUCGUUUCAUCUACUAUAGGAGAAGAACCAAAGCUUCACCACCGAGGCGACCCUCCUCCGAAUCUCCACCGAGGAAGAUGAGAUCGAUCGCCGAUGUAAUGGCGAAAUCUCCGCCCGUCGUCGAGCAGGAGCAAGACGACGGCUACGGUGACGUCACCUGCGAGAAAUGCGACUUGGGAGAAAGAGACGAUGAGCUUCUUCUCUGCGACAAAUGCGAUAAAGGGUUUCACAUGAAAUGUCUCCGACCGAUCGUGGUUCGUGUCCCUGUCGGACCGUGGGUCUGUGUCGAUUGUUCCGACCAACGACCUGUAAGAAGGUUGUCUCAGAAGAAGAUUAUGCAUUUCUUUCGGAUUGAAAAGCAAAUUGAUCAAACGGAGAGAUCACAGCUGAGUCAAGAAGAGAGUAGAAAGCACCGGAGACGAUCUUGCUCCUUGACAGUGAAGAAGAGGAGGAGAAAGCUAUUACCUAUGGUUCCAUCUGAAGAUCCUGAACAGAGAUUUGCACAAAUGGGCACACUUGCGUCUGCUUUAACAGCAUUGGGUAUCAAAUACAGCGACGACUUGACUUAUGUUCCUGGAAUGGCUCCUCGGUCUGCUAAUCGAUCCAAGUUCGAGAAAGGUGGGAUGCAGGUGCUUUCGAAAGAAGAUUUAGAGACAUUGGAACUAUGUCGAGCUAUGUAUAGACGAGGAGAAUGCCCUCCUCUUGUUGUGGUAUUCGAUCCACUUGAAGGUUACACAGUUGAAGCAGAUGGUCCAAUUAAGGACUUAACAUUCAUAGCUGAAUAUACAGGGGACGUUGAUUACCUAAAGAACCGUGAAAAUGAUGACUGUGACAGCAUCAUGACUCUCCUUCUAUCUGAAGAUCCAUCGAAAACUCUUGUUAUCUGUCCUGACAAGUAUGGAAACAUAUCUCGCUUCAUCAGUGGCAUCAACAAUCACAAUAGGUUUGGUAAGAAGAAGCAGAACUGUAAAUGCGUGAGGUACAGCGUGAAUGGCGAGUGUCGGGUUCUUCUAGUGGCUACACGUGAUAUAGCGAAAGGGGAGAGGCUCUAUUAUGACUACAAUGGUUAUGAGCAUGAGUAUCCUACUCACCUUUUCCUCUGAUCUUUUUCACUUCAAACAGUUUCACAAGAGUCUCUGGAUCAAUUGGUCUUUAUUUUGUUGCAAAUUUACAGAUCAAAAUUAGAAUACUUAGAUUUAAACCGCAUGGCCUUUACAGAGGUUAUGCAUUCUUGAUUAUGAAUGUUAGUUAUAGACUAAUUAUAACUUCUAUUC